GUUAUUAGAGCGAAGAAAAUGCCGCUCUUUGACGCGCACUGCCACUUGCAUGAUCCGCGAGUGGCGCACUGUGUGCCGCAGCUCAUCCAAUCUGCCGCGGACGCCGGAGUGCGCUGGUUUGCGGUGAAUGGCACCUCCGAGGAGGAUUGGACGACAGUCAAGACGCUGGGCGAGAGCCACUCAUCCGUGGUUCCAAACUAUGGCCUCCAUCCAUGGUAUGUCAGCUCUCGAUCAUCGGACUGGCUGUCAAAUCUAAAGUCGAUGCUUUCUUCGGAUCCUUCCGCUGCUGUGGGGGAGGUGGGGCUUGACAUGGGAACCCGUGGAAAGCAAACUGACGAAAGCACUCAGAUUGAAGUUUUAAAGCAGCAACUUGAGCUAGCUCGAGAAAUUCAUCGGCCGGUGUCUGUGCACUGCGUCCGGGCAUUCGGACAGCUUCAGCAUCUUCUCAAGGAGAUGGGCGAUUUCCCCGACGGCGUCAUUUUGCACUCGUUUCUCGGUACAGCCGAGAUGGUGAAGCCCUUUGCAAGGCACGGCUGCUACUUUUCCUUCUCCGGCUUUCUAACGAGCAUGAAGGAACAAAAAGCAAGGAAAAUGCUAGCAGAAGUGCCAAUGGAUCGAAUUCUUCUGGAAACAGACGCUCCCGACGCGCUCCCUGUUGUGGAUUCCAGCAUGCUCUCGUGGAUCCCAGACGAUCCUGCGGGAUCUCCAGCCGACGAGAGCCUGGAGGAGCUUGCAAAGUCGAAAGCUCUAAACCAUCCUGCCAACAUACUCUCGGUGCUUUCAUGGGUGUCUCAACUCAAGGGCCUCUCGAAAGACGAGCUCUCAGCUGCCAGCUUCAAGAAUGCCAAACGUGUAUUUAGCUACGAGGGUUCCAAAGUAAAUUAAAGAAAAAAGAAAGAAAAAACCAAAAGAAAUGCCCAAUACAGGUAAAGUUGGACUGACAUUGCAGAACAAGCAACACUUGCAUCUGGAAGCUACCAAUUCAAUUAUUUCUAAUAUAUUCAAUGUUUUUUACUUGUAA